UCUCUCUCUCCCUCUCUCUCUCUCAGAAGUGUCAUGGCUUUCGCCACUGGUCUCGCCUGCUUCGUCGUUUCCUCCCUCCUGUCUCCGCCGUUCCUCGCCGUCGCCGCCUCCUCCGUCGAACCAUAACCUCCGAUACAUCGACGCCGCCGCCGCCGCCGCCGUCGUCGUCCCGACAUGGGUUAUCUCUCAUGCAGCGGCGAGACCGCCGUAGCCACCUGCGACCCCUACGGCUGGGAUUGCAAGAGAAUCGCCACCACCGCCAACGCCGCCGCCACCGCCAAGCACAAGAAGCCCGCGAAGAAGAUCCGCAAGUUCUCCUACUGCGACCUCGUGAAGGCCACCGAUGGCUUCUCCGCCGAGAGCUUCCUCGGGAGGGGCAGCCACGGCUGCGUCUACCGCGCCGUCCUCGACGACGGCAAGCUCGUCGCCGCCGUCAAGAGGACCAAAGUGCCCUCCAACCCGUCGGCGGCGGCGGCGGCGAUGGCCAACAGCAAUCUCAAUCUCAUCUUCAACGACGGAAACAACAGCAACGCGAGCCCGGCGGAGAACGAGGUUGAGAUCCUGUCCCGGGUUCACAGCCCGAGGCUCGUCAACCUCAUCGGCUUCUGCGACGACGUGUCGGACGGCCAGCUCCAUCUCGUCGUCGAGUACAUGCCGAACGGGUCGCUGUACGACCUGCUGCACCGGAGCUCCAGACCGCCCGGGUGGACCCGGCGGAUCCGGUUCGCGCUCCAGGUGGCGAAGGCGGUCCAGUGCCUGCACUCGGCGGACCCGCCGGUGAUCCACCGGGACAUCAAGUCGUCCAACGUGCUGAUCGACGGGGCGUCGAACGCGAGGCUGGGCGACUUCGGGCUCGCUCUGAGGGGGCACGUGGAGGACGUACGCGCCAGGUGCACCCCGCCGGCGGGGACGCUAGGCUACCUCGACCCGGGCUACCUCCAGCCGUCCGAUCUCAGCGCCAAGAGCGAUGUGUUCAGCUUCGGCAUCUUGUUGCUCGAGAUCGUCAGCGGCAGGAACGCUAUCGACGUGAACUUCAGCCCCCCUUCCAUAGUCGACUGGGCAGUGCCCUUGAUCCGGCGCCGCGCGUUCGACGCGAUCUGGGACGACCGGAUCGACCCGCCGGCGGACCCCGCGGCGGUGCGGAGCGUGGCGGCGCUGGCGGCGAGGUGCGUCAAGGGGAGCGCGCGGAGGCGGCCGGAGAUGGCCGAGGUGGUGGAGGGUCUGAGGGAGGCGAGCCGGAGGGCCCGCGCGUGGCGGAACUGGGGGAGGCGGCGGCGGGCGGGGGCAAGCGCGGGCGUCGACGACGCGGCGGCGGGGGCGGCGAUGAGAUGGCGAAGACGAUGAGGAGGAUCGGGAGCGGCGGGAGGAGCAAGAGCAAGGUCUCCAGCGUUCCGAGCGCGGAGCGAGGGAGCGAGGGAUCUCGCGUCGCCGGCGUCGAGCACAAAACCGUCGCGACUGGUUCCGGCGAUCACGUGGUGAGGU